UGAAUAAGGCAACCACCUCUACACGGUGAUUGGAUUCAAUUAUCAUUUUCUCCGCCUAUAUUUUCGUCCUAAUUUUCGGACUGGAGGAAUUUAGAAUCACUCAAAAGUAAACGCGUUGCAAUGGGGUUUGGUUUAUGAGGGCAUUGGGAUUUGAUUUCUCUGGGAUUCCUCAGUGUUAGAAUUGAAGAAUAGCUCGAGAAAUUCAGUUUCCGAUAUUAACUUCUGAGUCGAUCUCACAUAUUUCUAACGGCCAUGGCUCAGAAGAAGAACACAAGAGCUACGAAAAAAGAGGCAAAGCCACAGUCGGCGAGUAAGAAUGGAAAGAAGGCAGAAGGGGGCCAGGGAAACUCAUUUUUCACCUGGUUCAUGGUGCUGGCUCUGCUGGGUGUCUGGACAUCUGUGGCUGUGGUAUGGUUUGACCUGGUAGACUAUGACGACGUACUUGCCAGGGCAAAGGAGUUCCGUUAUAACAUUUCAGAGGUAUUACAAGGAAAAUUGGGAGCCUAUGAUGCUGAUGGUGAUGGUGACUUUGAUGUGGAGGAUGCUAAAGUACUGCUAGGGCUGAAAGAGAAGCCAGCUGCUGUUGUGAUAAUGGAAGCCGCAGCACAUGCCCCUGCACCUCCAGUGGAAGAACCAGAACCAGAGCCCGAACCUGAAACUGUGGUGGAGGAGGAGAUCCAGCCCAUUGUGACAGAGGAAGUGGCGCAGGCUCCGCCAGAGCCGGAGGUGGUGGAGGAUGUGGCUGAGGUGGAGCCCGAGGAGGAGGCGGCACCAGCCGUAGAAGAAGAGGUCGCUGCUGACGAAGCCCCCGAGCCCGAAGAGAUUGAAGCUCCAGAGGAGGAGGUAGUGGAGGAACAGGUUCCUGAGGUAGAGGAGAAGGUGGAGGCGGUCGAGGAGGAAGCUGCCCCUGAGGCCCAAGAGCAAACCUCAGAGGAGGUGGAAGAGCCUGUCGAAGAGGCUGCAGAGUCAGAGCCAGAGCCAGAGGCAGAGCCUGAGGAGGCUGCUCCCGUAGAAGAGGAAGCUCCAGAGACAGAAGACGCAGAAGAAGCUGCACCCAUUGAAGAAGAAGCAGAACCAGAGGCAAGCGAGAUCCCAGAUAAUGAACAGCUUGCAGAGGAAGACUCUCCAAGCGAGGACGAUGGAGAAGUCCAAGAUGCUGCCACUGUCAUGGAGAGUGAAGAUGAUGUCUAUGGAUCUCAGACCAUGGAGGUGGAAUUUGAAAUCCAAGCAGCUGUCCCUCUUCCGGAACUUGUGGAGGAGGAUUCGGAUUCCGCCGACAGCGCAGGCGAUGACCUGGAUGCACACCCAUAUGAGGACAACACAGAAGAUGUUAUUGACACAGCAGGAGAAAUUGUCGAGGAUGCUCAACCAGAAGAAACAGAGGAAGAGCCGCAGGAGGAGAGCGCGCCGGCGGAGUCCCAGCUGACAGAGGAAGCAGAUCUAGAAGCUGAGUCUGUGACUGAAUCAGAAGAUGAACCGGCUCAAGAAGAAUUACUUGAGGAAGAUCAAGGAGCAGAAGAAUCCAUUCAGGAAGAGGAAAACCCUCAGGAGGAAGUAGCAGAAGCUCAGGAGGAGGUAUCCUUUCAGGAGGAGCCAGCAGCAGAAGAGCCAGCUCCAGCAGAGGAGCAGCCUGUGGAGGAAUUAACUGAGGAGCCUGCUCAGCCAGAGGGCCAGCACCAGGAUGAACCGGCAGGAACAGCUGACGUGCAACAGGAAGAGAAGCCAAAGGAGAAAGCCAAGAAGAAGAAGCCCAAACUGCUGAAUAAGUUUGAUAAAACCAUCAAAGCUGAGAUAGAUGCGGCAGAGAAGCUUCGAAAAAAGGGAAAAGUUGAGGAGGCUCUGCGUGCUUUUGAAAGCCUUGUCCAGAGAUAUCCCCAGAGUCCCAGAUCCCGCUAUGGCAAAGCACAGUCAGAGGACGACCUGGCAGAGAAGAUGCGUAGCAACGAGAUUCUGCUGAGGGCCAUUAACACCUACAGAGAGGCAGCCGAGCUGCCCAACGCACCCGCAGACCUGGUCAAAGCCACACUCAAGAGGCGUGCUGAGAGGCAGCAGUUCCUGGGUCGUAUGCGUGGAGCUUUGGUGACCCUGGAGAAAUUGGUGCAGAUUUUUCCAGAAGACGUUUCCCUGAAGAAUGACCUUGGAGUGGGAUACUUGCUCCUGGGAGACAACAAGAGUGCAAAGAAAGUGUAUGAGGAGGUCUUGGCCAUGGCUCCAGAUGAUGGCUUUGCCAAAGUUCACUACGGCUUCAUCCUCAAGUCGGAAAAUAUGAUAGCUGAAAGCAUCCCAUUCCUCAGGGAAGGACUGGAGUCGGGGCACCAGGGCACCGAUGAUGGGCGAUUUUACUUCCAUCUGGGUGACGCGCUGCAGAGAGUCGGAGACGACAGCGCCUACAAGUGGUAUGAACUGGGACACAAAAGGGGACACUUUGCAUCGGUGUGGCAGCGAUCGCUAUAUAACGUGGACGGGCUGAAGGCGCAGCCGUGGUGGACGGCCAAAGAGACCAGCUACACUGAUCUCGUUAAGACUCUAGAGAGGAACUGGAAGACCAUCAGGGACGAGGCUCUCUCAUUGAUGGACACCACCAGGGGGCUCUUCGUACCUGAGGAUGAGAACCUGAGAGAGAAGGGAGAGUGGGGCCAGUUCACUCUCUGGCAGCAAGGUAAGAAGGUGGAAAAUUCCUGCCGCAGCGUGCCCAAGACCUGCGCGCUGCUGGAGCGCUACCCAGAGGCCACUGGCUGCAAGCGUGGACAGAUCAAGUACUCCGUAAUGCAGCCGGGUACCCACGUGUGGCCCCACACCGGACCCACCAACUGCAGGCUGCGCAUGCACCUGGGCCUGGUCAUCCCUAAGGAGGGCUGCAGGAUCCGAUGUACCAAUGACACCAGGGUCUGGGAGGAAGGGAAGGUGCUGAUCUUUGACGACUCCUUCGAGCACGAGGUCUGGCAGGAGGCGGACAGCUACCGGCUCAUCUUCAUCGUGGACGUGUGGCAUCCGGAACUGACCCAGUACCAGAGGCAGACGCUGUCGCCCAUAUAAAGGGUUGGAUUGGCACUGCCAGGUCCCUGAGCAGUGCCCUUACAACCACAAUCACAGACACUACUGUUGUGGCUGUUACUUCACACUCUUAAAGAACAGCCAUUCCAGUUAUUACACAGGGGGGUCAAAGGGACUGGAGUAUGGUUAGUUUUUUAGCUUUUUGGGGGGAGUUAGCUGAAGCUGGUGUAAAAUCCUGACAGGUUCUACACUGACAGCUUCACUUAUUGACUGUUAUUGGUGGUACUCAAAAAAGGAAGAGGUGAUUUACAAAGGAGGUUACACGAAUUUCAGAUUACCCACUGAAGCCCAAGCAAGGAUGGGAGAAUGUCAUUUCUGCUUUCAGUGAGAGAACACACUUGACUGUCAGGUAUUGUUUUGUUUUUUUUUUUUUGGUACAAAUUUCACAGUGCACCUUCCAAAACAGAUGCUGCUAAGACAAUUGAGGGCCUCUUGCUGCCUUGAGCUGUAGAGCAUUGCACCUCCCCUGGUCCUGCUGCUGUUCGCACUGUUAAAAUCACUGAAAGCAUCCCAGAAGUGUAAAACUGUUUAUCAGCUACAAUUAUGGCUUGGCUCUAUUUUCUGACUAAUUGGGCUUUUAGUUGUUCAUGUCAGAGCUUUUUAACUGUCCACAAAAUACUGCAGCAUGUAAGGUGGAAUCAAAGGGUGUAAACGGUGUCUGAAAUGUGUAAAUUUGCUAGUGCCAUGCUUUGUGCGAUUCCAUUGUGACAUAAAACUAGAUCACUGCUCUACCACAGUUACCAUGAAGGAAUUCAUUACCGUUUUUAAAGACAUUCUUCCUAAACAGGGACCACUUGCUUCUGUCAUGGGCAAAUUUGUACUCGUGUACCUUCCUUUCUUGCAAAGAUCAUGCUGUACCAUUUAUGGAGAUGUACAGUAUGCCUUUUGUGUUAGGGGAAAAAAAACACUACUUAAAGGGUCUUGAAUAGAUGAGAAAUUACUUUGUUUACUUCCGAGUCAUUUCAAUAGCAGGGCACUUUCCAUGUUUUGAUUCAUUAUUUUAACAAGAGAAUAAAAGCUACAAGUCACACAGGUACUGCUAAGGGAGGUUGCAGUGUGCAGCGUGGGUUUCCCUUCAGUGGUCAUCAUGCCAAAAAAACGUGUGUGUGAGAGACAUUCAUUUCAGAUCCAUAUAUUGUAGGUAUCAUUUGUGCCUUUUUUUCUU